AUAUAUACAGUAUAUAUAUAUAUACCUGUAUACUAUAUACAGUAUAGGUAUGUAUGAUACAUUGCCAAAUUAACCUCCUAAAAUUUUCUUUUAUUAUAUUUUAUUAUCCUCAUUCCUGUCUCAUUUAAUUUCUGGGAAUUUCCAACUACAGUAUAAUUGUUCAGGAACUUAGCAUCACUUUUAAUGCUCAGUUUAUGCCAUGAUUAGCAGUUUAUUCCAGAAAGCCUCGUGUAAUGUAUGUUGUUCUCUUCUUCUGCUUGCUAAAUCUGUUACACUAUUAAGAUGAUUUAUGGAAACUUAUUCAUGUACAGUAUGUGUAAUACCAUUUGCCAAGGACUGUGGAUAUUUAAAUAAUUACUUCAGACACAUUUAAAAUGUGUCAAAUAUAAGUUGGGAUAGUUGAAAGGCUGUGUCAUGCAGCAGCAGCUAGAGUGGUCAUGCUGGGAUGUAGAUAUACCCAGUAAUUUGCCCAUAAUAGUACAGCUGUACCUGUAUAUCAACAAUUGCAUGAAAGGACUAACACCAUGACUGUAGUGUAUUUUAUACAUAAUUCAGUGAGAAACUACAAUUUCUUAUAAUAUCUUUUGUGGCAAAUACAGUACUGUACAGUACUAUACUGUCUGUGUUGCCUGUAAAGACUACAGUACAUGAAAUCUGCCUAUAACUAGGGUACUACUGGGAAGAGUUGUUGUUGCUUUUGUCUUGGCUUUCUUUACCUUUUGUUGAAUAAUCUCGAAAAUUUAGCUUUUCUUGAAAAGUCCAAAAUACAGACACAAGACUUAAAAAAAAAUAAAUAAAUAUAAUCAUCUGAAUAUUACAUCGGGGGAUAACAAAUACUACUGCAAAAAAUCUUGCUUAUUGCUUUAAUAAUAUUUAGGUUUACUGUAGUCUACAGGGAUACCUGUACCACUGUAUAAGAACCAUUAAUACUGUCUUUAGUCUUGAGUCUAUGGAAUAUGUCAAAAUUUAAAUAAAUUUCAAAAUAGUAUUAUGUAUAAGUUGUUAUGAGAAGCAGAGUCUUAACAGUGUUUUUCCUCAAAAUCAUUUGUUACACAUUUAGGCCUCAAUACAUUUUUGGAUUAACUGAUAUAUUGUUCUGUACUUUUUAUGCCAAAAAUAUAUGUCUUAAUUUUUUUAAGCAGAUAUUAUAUAUUAUAUAUCAUCAACAUUGAAGAUAUAUUCUUCAAUUCAAUUUUACAAUUUUCACAUAUUCAUUCUUAUACAUUAACUGAUAGAGGUGCAUGUUAACUUGUAGCACUAUGCUGAGUACAGUACACAUGCUCACUGUAUAUACUGAUCCCCUAAUCAUAUCUUAUUGCAAUCAAUGUAAAUAUGACUAUUGAGACCUUUUGAUAACCCUGAGUAAGAUAGGCGUCCUCAACAGGUGAGGCUGGAGAGAGACCAUGUGUGGACUGGGAGGAGAGGAGGCGUGGCAGCGGGACGGGGCCACAGCUCUUCUGUCAAGAUGCAUCACUGCCCCUACUGUGACUACUCCUCAAAUGUUACUACUAAUUUGAGGAAUCACUUACAUAGACACACCGGGGAGAAACCAUAUGCGUGUCCUUUCUGUUCGUUUGGCUUUGCUACAAAAGAUCGGUUAAAGACGCAUAUCCGGACCCAUACAGGAGAGAAGCCCUUUGAAUGUACCAUAUGUCCAUACAGAUCUUCAAGAAAAGACUCUUUGAAAAACCACAUGUUGACCCAUCAGAUUGAUGAGCAUUCCCAACAGGUGAGGAUGGACACUGAUCGGCUGACGACUGCAGGGAGAGGAGCCACAAGACCUGGGAGUAACCCCUUGACCAAGAUAUACCAGUGUCCAAAUUGUACCUAUUCCACCUAUGCAACCACCUGUAUGAGAAAUCAUAUUCGCACUCAUACUGGAGAAAGACCAUUCAAGUGCUCGCACUGUUCGUUUAGUUCUGCUACAAAAGACAAUCUCCUGAAACAUAUUCGUACACAUACCGGUGAAAAGCCCUACAAGUGUACAGUGUGUCUCUACCGUUCCUCAAGGAAAGAUACUCUGAAGGCUCACAUGCUAACUCAUAUAAAAACCUUUUAAAAUGAGAAGAAACUAUUAUGAUUACAGUAAACUGUAACACAGAACUGAUGAAAAAAGCAAAUAACCAUUGAAGUUCUCACAACUUUCCGACCUUAUGUAUCAUAUUGGAUCUUGAUCUGUUUUACCUGCACUGUGUAUUAUUUUGUAAAUACUGUACUAUUAUUAAACUAAAUGAAGACACAAACUUAUAAUUUUUUGUAAGUAUAGUUACAUUAUUCACUAAUUUAUUGUCAAUGGCCUAAUGGCUCUAUUUAUGUUUGGUUAAGUGAGCAUAAAAUAUAUUCUGUACAGUACUGUACUGCACAACAUAGUUAUUGUAAUUAUCAUCCAAGAAAAUCUUUAGCGUACUUGAAUGUAACGUUGACUUUCACAAUGAACAUUCCAGCAGUAGUCUAUAUACAGCAACGACAAUAUUUUUUACUUACACAUCUAACAGAUAAAAACAAUCCUUAUGCUAUGUUGUGUGUGAGCCAGACCCGAGUUAUGUAGAUAAAUGAUCUUCCAAAGAAAAACAUGGUAUAACUACACACGCUUGCAUAGUAAUUUUCUAUCUGAAUGCACAUAGAUGUACCGUAGCUGCUUCUCUGAUGUACAGUUAAAUUUGCUACAUUUUAUCUUUAUUUAUAUACUAUAUCUGUUUGUGUUAUUGAUCUUUUGUUUUCAAUGUGAGUAAGCUGGGCGUUCCCAACAGGUGGGGCUGGACAGACUUGACCAGAGGAUAGACCUGAGAAGAGCGACAGGACCUGGGAUGG